AGGAUCCUUAAGGAGCAGUUGGAUACUGGAGUGCUGUGGACUCGCGGAGCUCCAGCAGCAGCAGCGGCAGCAGCAUUAGCAAAAUCCGAAAACAACCUUCUGUCCCUUCGGCCAUGUCGAUUGGACAGAAGGGGCUUUGCAGCCUGAGUCGGUGCAGCGCAUUAUAUGCCUGCACCAAUGACUGAAAGGGGCAAAGCCACGUUCUAGGGUCUAGCAGCCUCUCUAUCGGCCUUCAGUGCCACUGUCGCACGGCGGCGGUGUGGAGUCUGGCGGAGGGGCAGGUGACACACACGCUGGCGGGGCACAGCACGCGCCCCGCACCACCACCUCCUGCACCGCUACCGCCUGGCGUGCUGCCACCUUCACCGGAGCCGCCCAGCCCCGCAUCACUCCCGCCUGGUGUGCCGCUUCUCACAUGCGACGGAGCAGCGCAGGUCUACCGCUGGAACUGGUCUGCGUACUCUGCUGCCGCUGCCGCCGCCGCCUCACAGCACCGCUCCCUCGCCGGAGCUGCCCAGCCCCGCACCGCCAUCUCCUGCACCGUGCCGGGGCAGGUGUGGGACAUGAACAUCGGCGACUGCGUCAUGCAGCUGGCUUGUGACGCGCCGCUCACCGCGGUGGGGAUCACCCCCGACAGCUGCGCGGCAGUGGUGACGGCGGCGGACGGCACGGCGGCGGUGUGAAGUCUGGCGGCGGGACAGGCUGGUCUGGUCUGGUCUGGCACCGGCUGGUCUGGCACCGUAGCCCCUCUCCGCAAACAAACUGGCUAAAGCUGCCCGGGACGGAGCUGCCUAGCGUCACGAAGACCGCCCUGCAUACAGCCCUCGCCUGCACCGCCCAGCCCUUCCCCGCCCUCGCCUGCACCGCCCAGCCCUGCCCCGCCCUCGCCUGCACCGCCCUCGCCUGCACCGCCCAGCCCUGCCCCGCCCUCACCUGCACCGCCCAGCCGUGUCCCGCCCUCGCCUGCACCGCCCAGCCGUGUCCCGCCCUCGCCUGCACCGCCCAGCCCUGCCCCGCCCUCGCCUGCACCGCCCAGCCGUGUCCCGCCCUCGCCUGCACCGCCCAGCCCUUCCCCGCCCUCGCCUGCACCGCCCAGCCCUUCCCCGCCCCUCGCCUGCACCGCCCAGCCCUUCAAAAUGCUUACAACAAUCGGCUGUCGCCCCUGCUGCCAGGCUGCCUUGUAAGGAAAAGCGUUGGCGGACCCUAGCAUGAUAACCGUGGUGGUGCGGGUCGCAAUUACCGUUGGGGUUAGCUAGCAGCAGCCGGGAUCCUUCACGGCCAAGGUAAGUGGGGUGAUGAGGGGGAAGGUCUUUCCACUUCUAGUGGCUGACGGCACACCACCAGCACAAAAGUAACCACCGUGGGCGCGUGAGUAGGUCGGGGGGGAAAACCGACCUACUCAUGCGUGAGUAGGUCGGUGGGUGGGAGACCCUCCCCCAAAAGAGCACAGGGUUAAGGCUAGCAGAAGUGCUGCGCUACACUUUAGGGUACGGGCACGUCGUGAAUUGGGCCCUUCCAUUAGGCUGAUGUAGUACCGCUGGUCAAGGCACGAAAACCUAGCAGCCCCUUUUCGAAAACGGUUUUCGAAAAAAUAGGCCCUUGGGAGGCCCCGGAUCGUAUACGAAAAAUUUCAGGGGUCGACCGUGAGGGCUGUCGAAAAUAUUGGGCCUAAAACGUCACUUAUCGUGGGGUUCCACGAUCGCCCUGGAGGGAAGAUAGAAACACUGCCUGGCGCAGCUUGUGUCUUGCAGUGAAGCUGCAGCCUCGAACGGAUCCAGCUGACAAGCUCUUGCGGUCCUUGUUCUUCCAGCAGCAGCAGGGCGUGGACAGCUAUGUCUCCUGUGUGAUGGGCCAGGAGGGCAGGAAGCAGCAGCAGAUCGAGGCUUUGCACCGUGUGAUGGUUUGGGCGGUGCAUGGGCCCACGCCAGUCACUCUGCCAGGACAGCAGCCUUCAAAGCAGCAACAGCAGCAGCAGCAGGGACAAGAAGAACAGCAACCAACACAGCAACAGCAGCCAGCAGUCAUGCAUCUUUGCGACUGCCGUACAUGCAUCAACCCCUGCCACGUUUGGUGGGGCACAGGUUCCCUCAACAGGAAGGGUGACUCCAAGGCCUACAAGACGGUAGUUGAGGAGACCAGAUCACGCACCGCUCAGCAGCAGUUCCUCCCUGACGGCACCCCUGUGGAAUUCCCGUGAUGGUCCGUGUACGGCGUGGAGCAACGAGCAGCAGGGCGGACAGCACCCCUCUGAGUCCGGGGAUUUACCGUAGCCAGUCGCGGUCUUGGCGGUGUGGGGCAAGGGGGCCAGGGGGUGACCCACGGGUCGCUUUACGUACGACAGGUGUGGAAACACAGAGCUGCAUGUGGUAGGCGUUGGUUGAGUUGUGCACGUGGCAAUACUGCUACACGGACAGCGCUGUCCUAGAUAGAUCGAGAACUGCUGCAUGUUACUGCUUGGGGGAAUCAUCACGGAUAGAUACAUAGUUUGUCUUCUGGCUGUACGAUACAUGCAUGGGGGAGUACUUGCCUGGCAACACGCCCCUGCUGAUGGGCA